GGCGGUAACAAAAUUUUGGAGCCAAAUUAUCUUUCUACUUUUUACUUUUUUAUUUCCAAAGCUCUAAACCCUGCUUGAUUCUAAACCCAGCCGUGAUGCUUUUUCCCUCGUCUGCAAGCGGUGGCUAGCCCUAGAGCGCCUCAGCCGCACCACGCUUCGGGUCGGCGCUGCCGGCAGUCCUGACCUCUUCGUCAAGCUCCUUGCCCGUCGAUUCUUCAAUGUUCGUAAUGUUCACAUUGAUGAGCGCUUGAAUAUUACGCUCCCCGUUUAGCUCUUGGAAAGCAUUCCUGCGAUGGUUCAAGGAGUAUGGUCUGAUGAUUCUGCUUUACAAUUAGAGGCAACUACUCAGUUUAGAAAGCUAUUAUCAAUUGAGCGCAGCCCUCCAAUUGAUGAAGUUAUUAAGGCAGGCGUGGUGCCUCAGUUUGUUGAGUUUCUUGGAAGGAAUGAAGUGCCUCAAUUGCAAUUUGAGGCUGCAUGGGCUUUGACCAAUGUUGUAUCUGGAACAUCAGAGCAUACACGGGUUGUUAUCGAUCAUGGUGUUGUCCCCAUGUUUGUGCAACUUCUUAGUUCUGGCAGUGACGAUGUCAAAGAGCAGGCUGUAUGGGCUUUAGAUAAUGUUGCUGGUGACUCACCAAGUUGUAGGGAUCUUGUUCUUAGUCACGGGGCUCUUGUUCCUUUGUUAGCUCAAUUAAAUGAGCACUCGAAGCUAUCCAUGCUAAGGAAUGCUGCGUGGACUUUAUCUAACUUCUGCCGUGGCAAGCCUCCUACACCAUUUGAUCAGGUUAAGCUUAUUUUCCUGAAUGAUGAAGAAGUUUUGACAGAUGCCUGCUGGGCUCUUUCUUAUCUCUUAGAUGGCCCCAACGACAAAAUACAGGCUGUGAUUGAAUCAGGUGUCUGUCCACGGCUUGUGGAACUUCUGAUUUUGUAAUUAACAAUCAAGUGCUCCCUUGCCUCUUUCAACUCCUUACACAAAACCAUAAAAAGAGCAUAAAGAAGGAAGCUUGUUGGACGAUCUCAAAUAUUACUGCUGGUAAUAAAGCUCAAAUACAGAUGGGGAAGUUUAGGUAUUAAAGUCACAUAAUCUACCAAGCUCACUAAGGAAAAAGAGAGAAGCUUCUGACAUUGAAUCAUUGAUGGAAAAAAAAAGAUUUGCCAGGCUUCAUUAUUUUUUGUUUUACUCUGUUUUUACGUACAUGAUUGUUUAUAUAUAUAUAUACACACACUUUUCUCUUCAAGAGAUUUAUUUGCCUUUUAUGUGAAGAAAGUUGGCAACUGUGUAUCUUUUUCAAAUGGUCCUAUAAUCCAUUCAAUUUGGUUGUUCUGUUUGUUCCAUUAUAAAUCUGCUAGGUAAGUUGUUCUGUUUCUAAUUAUCAUCUUGAUACUAAGUUGAAAUUUACUAGGUUGCCAAGGACUUGUGUUCCUACCUAAACAUCUUUAAAAAAAUCCUCCUUGCUUCCCAUUCUAGUUGGUAUAUUUCUGCUUUAAUUUUCUAGUUGGGAAUUGAGAUCUCUUACUUUCAUUAUUUAUGGAAAUCCCAUGCUUUUUGUAUAGAGAAGCAAUGCUAUUACUUUCAUUAUUAAUACAAGUUUCGUUAAAAAGAAAAUGAUGUGGCUUCUCCUUUUUUUUUUUUGCUGGAGGAUGGGACUUUUCUUUUAUGGUGUUCUUUUUUACUUAUUAAAUUGGUAUUGGGCCUAUUGAAGUUUCAUUUGAUGCUAAAUGAAUUGAGACAGUUGGUAGGGGCUAUAAUUUAAUUACGCUUGUUCUCUUGCUUUUAAUUUAAUUUCUUAUCCUUUGUGGGUUUAGCUUCUAUAAAUAUAUAUGCACAUCUUUGUGCCUAUUGAUUGUCUAUAGUCUGAUUACUUUGAAGAAAUAAGAAUUUCUAUUUAAUGACACAUUUGGUAUAUAUAUUGUUAUUAGCUUGUUGUUGUAAGUUGAAAGUGCUUGUUUGUCAUGUAUAUGGGAUCCUGAAGGCAAACAGUAUCUAGACUUUCUCUCUGCUUAUUCUGCAGUUAAUCAGGUAGAAGAUGUUGGGAAAUUGUGUAGUUAAUUUAGUAAUACUUUGAAUUGAGAUGUCAUGUUUUAUUAUAUCUAGUGGUGGAGGAGAUUAAAGAAUGUUUCAUUGUAGAAAUACCCAGCUAGCUUUAGAAGAUUUUUUAGUCUUUUAACAAGCACCAUUCUGAAGAGUAGUUGGACAUGAGCUUGUGCUUAGAUGAGUUUUUGUUGACCCUCUAGUGUCAUCUAUGGUCUUUAAGCAUUCCUCUAUGAAUUGUAUAUUUGAUCAAUUUCCCACUUUAAAACUCAGUGCCCUUUUUCACUUUGAUAAGUUUGACUCUUUUAUUUUUAGUUUUAUGGAUGACUUUGAAUAUCUUCUAAGUAACUAGUAAGUAUAUUUUGAAUAUCUUCGAAUGAGUAAAGGAGUAUGGUUUGUGAGAAACUAGAUGUGCUUAGAUAAUACUAUUCCCACCAUGACCGUCAAGACCUCAAUAAUUUUUUGGUAAGUAUAUUAGCUUUUUCUGGUUUUAGUUGGUAAUUUCGUUUGUUUUCCUCUGCAACUAACUGAGCAAAACAUAACAAAGAAAUAAAGAACAAGUAAUAUGUGAGAUGUCACUUAGAUAUAAACCAAAUUGAAGUCAUUCGAAAAGAGUAAUAAGUUAGCAAAAUGGGUUGCUUCUGUUUUGGUCUCGUUGCCACUUUUGUCAAAUCUAUUAGUUUUAUAUUAUUAGUAGCAUUAAAAUGUUUAGGUGGCUAGCUAGAAUGAGUAAGUUAUAUAUAUAUUUGUAUACAAUGUAGUGGAAUGAACGGAGCCAAGCAAGCAAUGGCACUCCACAAUUUAAGUGCAGUUCAAACAGAGAGACACUGCUCCGAGCUUGCAAAAGUUGGUGUUGAAUUGGAACCUUGGGAAAAAUAACUUAUUGAGCACAAGGGAAAACUUGAAGUUGCAUCUACCGAGAAUAAGCUUUUGAGUGAAAAGGCGAGGAAGCUACUCGUGCAGCUUUUGAAGAUGCGGAAAAGCAGAUGGAAGACAUAUUGGGAACUAUUGAAACAAAAUCUGAGAGUAUCACAAAAAUUCAAAGUGAUCUUGAAAGGAGCAAACUUGAAGCAUUGGAAGCUCAUAAAGUGGAACAAGUUCGUGUUUUAAUGAUGUACAGGGAGGGGCUCGGCAGGGACGGUGGCUGGGCGCGGGGCUGGCUGGUGGGGUUCUCAACUUCACUGCAGCAGCAGGGAUUUGACUAUAAUGGAAAGAAAUAUUGAUGAAUUUCACAGCCAAAUAAAGAAAUUUGUAUGGAUUCUCAGUUUUGCAGAAUUUAACAUUCAUGUGAUUUCUAAAUACUAUGAGUUAACUAUAUUCAUGUAGUUUUCAAAUACUUUUGCACAUGUAGUUAGUUAGCUCUAACUGUAAUAUAGGUUCAACUAUAGUUAGUAGAUUAGUGUAGUUAGUUUCCUGUUAAUCAUUUCUUGGUUUCCAACUCCUUUUUCCCUCUCUUUGUAUCUUUGUACUAUUCAGCUAUAAAUAAUAAAGUCCCAUAUCUCUGGUACAUUUACAGAGAUCAUUUUAUCCAAUUCAUUUUCUAUUAAGUGCUCUUAUGUGUGUGUGAUGGCAGCGAUCACACAGGGGAUAUAUUGACAAAAUUUAUUUUUAGUUUUAUUGCAAAAAUUGGGCUAAACCUUAUAUUAAAGAUGCUAAAGAAGUUUCCAGGUGCAUUUUUAUUUUAUUGUUUUUCUUUAUGAUUUUGUUGUAUAAGAAGUCAAAAUGUGAUUCUGUUUUUAUUCUUUAAUUUUUUUGGGGAUAUAUUGACAGAAUUUAGAGUUCUGGAAUCAAUUCUUCCUCACAUACUUUUUGAUCAUUGAGAAUGAUAUAUUUGUUAUCUUGAUACAUUUCACAAGCCUUGUUUUAAGUUGCAUGUUUUGUUGCUUCAGUCGUUGUUUUGCAUGGUAGUGCAUCUUGCUAUACCCUGUUGUUUCGUCAAGUUUUGGAGUUAUUACAAAUUUAAUUUAAACUUUAUAUGCUUACAGGUGGAAACUAGUUUAAGUCUUAUUUUCUUAAUAAUAAAAUGACUUUUUUAUUUUACAAUGUGCAGGUAUAUUGAGAUGAUUUCUUUGGAGCAAUUUUUGACAACAUUUGUAGUUGAUGCCUUUAGAAUGGAAGAAUAUAUUUCACUGAUUUUUGUAUACAUUUCUUGUUUUGUAUUUAGUGAUAAAGGAAUCUGAAUUUGGCAUAAAUUAUGUUGUAAUAUGAUUUCUUAAGCCUAGACUAGUAGACUAAAUAUUGUAAUUAAAUUUGAGUAAUUAAUAAAAAUUAUUUAUGUUACCUUA